AUGAAUCAUUAACAUUGUUAGAAGAAAAAAAGAAUUCAUGAAGUAACUUAUGCAUAAAGAGUUAUCAAUUCAGUUACACCUGAUAUUGAAAAUAUUAAACUAAAUGAAAAUUUAUUUUAAGCUCAAUAAAUGGCUAAACAUUCAACGACAUUAAUUAAAGAUAUUUAGAAGGAUGUAAGAUUGACUCUUAAGAAAUAUGAUUCUUAUAUUAAGAUGAGCGAAUCUAAUAGAAAAAUAACUGAUAAACAAAUUAGUGAAUCAACUAGAAGAUAUUAAAGUGAGAGUCCACAUAAAUAAUAAGAAUAAACAGAAAAAGAACUUGAGACUUUAAGAUAAUAAUAAAGAAUUCUUAUGACAUUACUUAAUAAUUUAUAAUAACAAGAAAAACUAAUAGUUUCUUAAACAUCUCCUAUUCCUGAACCACAUCCAUAAUCCUUUAUUGAUAAAGAAUGGUUUGAAUAAAAAACUAAAUAGUUAUAGUAAAUGUAAAAAUCAUAAGCAUAAAUCGAAUCAUCAAAAAAAUUAGAAAAGAGUGAUGUUAUAUAGAUUGAUUUAAGUAAAGUUAAAAGAUCACCUAAUAGUAAAUCUAGUUCAGCUUAGCAUUUUUUCAGUCCAACUAAAAAUCCAAUAAAGAAUUCUGUGACAUAUUUUUAAAAUUCAAAUACAAGUUAUGCAAAACUACAUAGAAAAUAAUCUAAUUCUCCAUAAAAAUGGGGCUAAUAUGGUGUAAUUAAUUCAUAAAAACCAUAAAAAAAUUUAAUAGUAAGUAAAAGAAAUGAAUAAUGGAAACAAAGAGUUGAUAAUAAAAUAAGGAAUGAAAUGCUUAAAAAACAAGAAAAAGAAAUUAAAGCUUGUACAUUCAAACCUAAGAUCUUAUCUAAGACUCCAAAAAGCAAUCAUAACAUUAAAGAAACUUCAACUGAUUUCAAUGAAAUUAUGUUUUUAAUUGAUGAUAUCAAUGAAUUUAAUGAUAAAUUUAAGAAAUCAACAAUUAAAAAAUGA